AUUGCCUGGGAAGGGCCGAAACAUCAUGACUCUGAAGAAGUAUAUCUAUUUUUUCAGUCUACUGUUUUUAACAGGUGUUGUCGGUGGACAUUUAGAUCUUGUUGUAUUUGAACCAAGUAACGCAAGGAAACGGCGCUCAACGGAUGAUAAUGAAGUGUCACAGUUACUACCUAAUAUUACCGAUAUGUAUAUUAAUUCGAACGUAUAUUCAAGGUUUGCUACUGUGGAAAUCACCAGUAAUGUCGUGAACCAACAUGCAAGGGGAUUGGACGCCACAUUCACCGUCCAGAUCCCGGAAUCGGCUUUCAUAGCCAACUUUAGCAUGAUUGUCAAUAACACGAUGUAUAUAGCGAAGUUAUUCGCGAAAGAAGAGGCCCAGAAAAAGUAUGAUGAUGCGAAAGACAGGGGCCAAUCAGCAGGCCAGGUCCGACAUGCCUCCACAGACCCCAAAAGAGGAAUGGAUAUUUUCAAAGUGGACGUGAAUGUCGGAUCUUUUGCCGAUGCGACAUUUUAUCUGACCUACCAAGAACUGCUGGAAAGACGAUUAGGAGACUAUCAACAGCGCAUCGUGGUUCAGCCAGGCCAGGUUGUCACUAACCUGACUGUGUCCGCUUCCUAUCGGGAAGAGCAACAGUUCAAGAAAUUUUCUUACCGUUUACCCAACAGUAACGUCAUAAAUACAGCUUCAACCGAAAACGCCGUGCUCUCAUCCUCGACAGAUAAAAAGAGUAUAUUAUAUAAACCAUCAGUAACCGACCAAACUGCAUCUGGAUUAGAUGGUGAAAUUGUUGUAACUUACGAUCUUCUUCAUAAUACAGACGGUGGUGUGGUAAUAGUCGAAGAUGAAUAUUUUGUCCACUAUGUUGCUCCUUCAGGACUUAAGAACUUGGAUAAAACUAUUUUGUUCAUUAUUGAUAUAAGUGGAUCAAUGCACGGAAAGAAAAUCUCACAAGCCAGAGAUGCCAUGCUAGCAAUAUUAGACAAACUUAACACCAAUGAUUUCUUUAAUAUCCUUGUAUUCGACGAUCAGGUAGAUUCAUGGAUGGAGACGCCAGUCUUGGCAAAUGCCCAGCAUAUUGACAGGGCGAAGGGCUAUGUUAUGGAAUACGUGAAACCCCAGGGAUCCACUAACAUCAAUGACGCUAUGCUUCGAGGAAUCAGCUCACUAGAAAAAAGUACUGAAGUGGAAACAGCCAGCAGAGUCAAUGCUAUUGUUUUACUUACAGAUGGCAAUCCUACCGCUGGAGAGACUGUACCCAAAAACAUCAGAAAAAAUGUAUAUUUCAAAAAUAAAGGACUUGCAUCUAUUUUUUGUCUUGGCUUUGGUUUCGAUGUUGAGAUUUCUUUUCUUAAAGCAAUGGCCUGGGAAAAUGGUGGAUUUGCAAGGCGAAUAUAUGAAGAUGUUGACGCGGUUAAGCAACUUGAAGACUUCUACUUAGAAAUAAAAGACCCUGUCUUGAAAGAUUUGGUUAUUGGAUACGGUAAUAAUGUCGACCUCCAGUCUACUACCAGAAGACACUAUGACCAGUAUUACGAAGGAUCCGAAAUAAUUGUCGCAGGUAGAACAUAUUUCCCAAACUCUUUGCUAGCUACGGAAGUAUCAAUUGUUGGCAUUUCCAAAGACGGUAAAGUCGACCUGUCUCUGGGAACGUCUGCAGUCAAAGUAAGGGACCACAAGGAUGCAUUUACCGAGAAACUUUGGGCUUACCAGAAAAUAAAGGACCUUUUGCGGAUAGCUGCUAUAGAUGAAAACGCCAGUAACGCUACAAGUCUGGCACUGAACAUGUCAUUAAAGUAUAAUUUUGUGACAUCUUUAACGUCUUUAGUGAUUAUUCAACAAAGUGAUUACAGUUCAGACAGUAUUAGUGAUGAAACAAGAUUACUUGGUAAGGCAGCCAACACUCCCUUUGGAUUUUCUGCUGCAACUUUUAUUAAGCCAAGCCCGAUAGUAUUUGGGAUAAGUUUGUCUAACGUUUAUUUAUUGCUGUGUGCAAUUCAAUAUUUUGGAAUAUAAAGAUAGUUGUGUUUGGUUUUGAUAAAUGUCGGGUUUCAGUUAACAAACUUAAAAAUUAUAUAUCAAGGGCCUAUUUUAACGCGUGGGGGGGGGGGGGCAUGACCGAAUGGUUAGCACGUGCGCACUGUAUCAUAAGGUCUGUCAUUGAGUCAACUGGUGUGGUUUCCCCUACGCGCAAUUGAAUUAUUGAAAUAAAAUUGAACCAUGUGUUAGUCCGGAAAUGACUUAGUUUGUGUCGAGUGGACGUUAAAUAUCUCUCUCUCUCUCUCUCUCUCUCUCUCUCUCUCUCUUUCCUAUUUUAACGUGCCUACUCCUGUGCAUUGAUUGUUUUAUGUGCGUAUUACUUAGUUAUUUUGGUUAAUAUGCGAUUAAUCAUUUGUGAUUUGAUAUCCGUGUUGUAAAUAAUGUUUUCGUGUGUUUUACUACACUGAAAAAAACCUUGUGUUGGAUCUCAACACAAGAACUUGUGUUAAAAAUAUUUAACACAUGUUUGUGUUGUAUUGCAUUGCAAUGACACAAGUUUGUGUUUUUUUCAAUGUCUUAACACAAACUUGUGUACAUUUAUAAAAUCUUAUGUGUUUUUUUUCCAUAUAAUUAAUUACGUCGACAUUAAAGAUAACAUUUAUUAUGUUCCUUUAUCACUAGCCUAUAUGUAAAACCACUCUUCCUGAAUUUGAAUGUCGAGUAAUUCACUUGAUUUAUUUUUUAAUAUUUCUAAUUAUCUAAAAGGAUAUAUUAAUUAUUACAAACAUUAAGUAGAAAUCGCAAUGUUUGUAUCGUGCGAUGCAUUUAAUAUCUCUUUUAAAACAACGUAUUUUAUAACAGUAUACUGAUAUAAGAGAUCAAAGUUUUAGUCAAUUAUUAUCUAAAUAUAAACUAUUUAUUUAAUUAGAUAUAAUAAAAGAUUAUUCUGAUUC